GCCACAUGGCCUCACAGCUACGAAAUCCCCCCUCCCCUAUCCCAGUAUCCCGUGCUCACCACCCAUCACUCAUCGUCUGAUCACUCCCCGUCUCCGCCUUCCAUGGCCUUCUUUCCCGCCGCCACCGCCACCACGGCCGCGGCCGUCGCAUUCACCUCCACCCGCUGCGUCUCGCCGCGGCCCUCAUCGCCGUACCUCCCACGCGGCGUCGCCAGCAGCGCGAUCGCGGCGAGGAGGCGCGCGGCGCCGAGGGCGGCGGCCGUGCGCUUCAGCGUGCGCGCGCAGGCCGCGAAGAAGAGCGUGCUGGUGGUGAACACCAACAGCGGCGGGCACGCGGUCAUCGGGUUCUAUUUCGCCAAGGCUCUCCUGGCCGCCGGCCACGCCGUCACCGUGCUCACCGUCGGCGACGAGGGCUCCGACAAGAUGAAGAAGCCCCCCUUCUCCCGCUUCUCGGAGCUGACGAGCGCCGGGGCGAAGACGGUGUGGGGUGACCCGGCGGACGUCGGCGCGGCGGUGGGCGGGGCUUCCUUCGACGUCGUGCUCGACAACAAUGGCAAGGACCUCGACGCCGUCAAGCCGGUGGCGGACUGGGCAAAGUCGGCCGGCGUGGGCCAGUUCCUCUUCAUCAGCAGCGCCGGGAUCUACACUCCGACCGACGAGCCGCCGCACGUCGAGGGGGACGCCGUGAAAGGGAGCGCGGGGCACGUGGGCGUGGAGAAGUACAUCGCGGCGGAGUUCGGCAGCUGGGCCUCGUUCCGGCCGCAGUACAUGAUCGGCUCCGGCAACAACAAGGACUGCGAGGAGUGGUUCUUCGACAGAAUCGUGCGGAAGCGGCCGGUGCCGAUCCCGGGGUCCGGGAUGCAGCUGACCAACAUCUCCCACGCGCGGGACCUGGGCAGCAUGCUGACGAUGGCCGUGGAGAGCCCCGACGCGGCGGCCGGGAAGAUCUUCAACUGCGUGAGCGACCGCGCAGUGACGCUGGACGGGCUGGCCAAGAUGUGCGCGGCGGCAGCCGGCGCCGCCGUCGAGAUCGUCCACUACGACCCGGCCGCCGCCGGCGUCGACGCCAAGAAGGCCUUCCCCUUCCGCAACAUGCAUUUCUACGCGGAGCCUCGGGCGGCGAAGGAGGUGCUGGGGUGGACGAGCACCACCAACCUGCCGGAGGACCUCAAGGAGAGGUUCGCCGAGUACGCCAGCAGUGGGCGGGGAGAUAAGGCCAUGAGCUUCGACCUCGACGACAAGAUCCUCAGCGCCGUCGGGGCCGCGCCGGUCAGCGUCGCCGCCUAGGCAGGACCUCUGCUCUUCGGCGUGCAGCCUGAAUAGAGAGUAUGAGAUGUGAAACAACAAUUCUCACAACAAAGGGGUGGUGGCGCAGUUGGCUAGCGCGUAGGUCUCAUAGCUAAUUGCGAGUGAUCCUGAGGUCGAGAGUUCGAGCCUCUCUCACCCCAAAUCGUUUUUGUCCAUCGCAACUCUGCUAUCCUUAUUUUGAUCGUUCUCUGAACGUUCUGACGAGUCGUACUUGGGGUUUGAAACCUUUUUUUUGGUCUUA